AUGGUACUCGUGCUGGCUAGAUAUGUGCCCUAUUGUGACGCUGGUCCUGGAGGUCAGUCUGUCCCCAGUGGGAGCAUCUCUCUUUGUCUUUCCCAGGUCCCUGCGGGCCAUACCAAGGGCAGGUCCCUCGUCCCUGUGACUCGAGAGGCUUUCCCUUGCCCGAGGACUUCUUCCACAGGUCUUCGGGCCAUAGAAUGGUUACAUUCUGUCCCUAGGACUGUCCCGUCAGGUCUCUCGGCCCAUAUCCAGGGCACCGUCCCCGCAGGAACCUUUGCUUCGCCCCAGGUGCCUCCGCCCAUUGACUCAAGCUCCUCCCUACCAGGUCCUCGGUGCGGCCGCAUAGCCAGAGGCUAUGCCUACUCCGCAGGACUCUUCCUCUCAGGUUCCUCGGCUCAUACCAAGGGCAGCCGUCCUCAGGUCCCCGUCCCGCUGCGCCUCACGACCAGAGGCUCCCUCCCCCAGGACCUCUCCCCAGGUCCCUCGCCCAGUACCAAGGCGACCGUUUCGCUCUCCUCAGGACUCUUUCCCACCAGGGUCCCUCGGCCCGCAAUAACCAAGGCACAUCCUUCAGGUCCUCGGUCCCUCUUCGGCCCAUUAGCCAAAGCUCCUCUCGCAGGUCCGUCUCGCCCAUACCAAGGCAACUCCCCCAGGACGCUCUUCCGCCCAGGUCCCUCGCCCAUAUCCAAGGCCAUUCUCUCUGCAGGUCCUCACGGCCCAUACUAUUCCAAGCCGGAGGUUCCCUCGGCCCUUACCAAGGGCUCCUCCCCCGGACCUCUUCCCCCAGGUCCCAUCGGCCCAUACCAAAGCUCCCUCCUCUCGGUCCCUCGGCUAUACCAAAGGGCACUCUCCCCCAGGACGCGUGCCUUCCCCCACGGUCCCCUCGCCACAGUUAGCGCAGUAGGCACUCCCCGCAGGACCCUCUUCAGAAGACACCCGGUCCCUGCGGUCGGCCGCAUACGCAAGCGCAGCUCCCCCGGUGUCCGCUCGGCCCAUAGCCAAGGCCACCUCGACCCGCUGAUGGACGUCUUCCCCAAAUCCCGCGGGCCCAUAGCGCCAAGGAACGUGUCCCCCAGGUGCCCUGUCUGCCCAUAUCUCGCUGGAAGGACCUUUCCCCCAGGACCCCUUUCUGUACACCCGCCAGGGUGCCUCGGCCAGUACCAGAACUGGCGACUCCGGCUGUCCCAGGACGCGUCAGUUGUCUCCGUCGUCCAGGGACCUCCUGUGCCCCGCCAAAUUCCCUCGGCCCCAUACCUAAGGAACCAUCCUCCCAGUGCCUCCACUACGGGCUCCAUACCUGAAGGUACCGUCCCCAGGUUCCCCGGGAGCCGCAUAUACUCAAAGGCCUCCCCCAGGACGCUCUUUCCCCCAGGAGUCCCCGCUUUUCGCCCAUUUACCAAGGCACCUCCGCCAGGACUCUCUUCCCCCAGGGUCCCUCGGUCCCAUACCAUAGGCGCUGCCUCACCCAGGUCCCGUCGGCAGCCGAUACGAGGCUAUUACCUCCCGAAGGACCCAUCUUCCCCCAAGUUGUCCUUGGCGCCCCCUAUACCAAGGCUUCCCUCCCAGGUCCCUCGGCCUAUACCAAAGGCUCGGCCUCCCCAGGUCCCCAUCACCGUUAUAGUUGAACCAAAGCUCGCCUCGGGUCCCAGGUCCUCGCCCAUACGCAAGGGCACCGCAGGUCUCCCCAGCGACAUCUCCCAUGGUAUCCCUGCGCCAUACCUGAGGCUCUCCCGCUCGCAAGGUCCCUUCGCGGGCCCGAAGUACCAAGGCACCGCUUUCACCCAAGGCCCGCUCCUUCCAGGUUUCCAUAAGUCCAUUUACCAAGCGUCACCCCGUAUCCCGCCAGGACCUCUCUCCCGCCAGGUCCCAUCGGCCCAUACCCAGAAGGCACCUCCCCAGGACCUCUUCUCCCCAGGUCUGUGCGGUCCCAUAACCAAGGUAGCCGUUAUCCCCCAGGAGCCUUCGUGCUUCCUCCCUAGGUCUCUCGCCCAUACCGAAGAGUGGAUGCAGCCUCCCCCUAGGACCUCUUCCCCCAGGUCACCUCGGCCUCAUACCACAGGUACUCCCUCAGAUGACCUCUGUCGCCGCGUCAGGUCCCUCCGGCCCUAUUACGCGAAGGCUCAGCGCUCUCUCCAAGGUCCCUGUCGCGUCCGCAAUUACCAAGGCUCCUCCUUUCCAGGGUACCCUGCGCCAUACCAAGCGCAGCCCUGCCCUCAGGGACGUCUUCCCCAGGUCCCUCGGGCCAUAUCCAAAGUGACUCCCUCCAGGUCCGCUCGGUCCCUCUACGAAGGCUCUGCCUCCAGCGACCAUCUUCCCAGGUCCUUCGGUUCCAUAUCUUAA